AUGAUCUCAGACAACGAUCUCUACAGACUCGCCAUUUUCUUCGGCACUACAGCAAUGAUUCUCAUUGUUCUCUACCAUUUCCUCGAAGUCAACGCUGCGAAAGAUCCGAUUGAAGCCGGCAAGGAGGGAGCUUUGCAGCAAAGACUGCUCGGCGUUACGGAGAACUCUUUGGACGAACGAUUCCGCCUAUUCGGAAAGCAGAGCGUGGGUUCGAUACAACUAGACUAG